CCGUGAAUAAACAAAGAAGAAGAAGACGAAGCAACGUGUUUGCACCACCAUGGCGUCCGAUGAACCCAAAGCUAAAAAGAUUAAACUUGCAGAUGUUGAAGAGAAGGAGAAGAAGGCAGACUCUCCGACCAAAGAGACUCUCUCCGAACUAAGCCCUAAUUCACUUUUUGGGAUGGGAAACCCCCUGUUGGACAUUUGUGCUGUCGUAGACAAAGACUUCUUGGACAAGUACACUCUGAAGCCCAACGAUCAGAUUCUGGCCGAGGACAAGCACAAAGCCCUAUUUGAGGAGCUGGUCAAGAAGUUUAAAGUCGAGUAUCAUGCGGGAGGAGCCACCCAGAACUCGAUCAAGGUCGCUCAGUGGAUGAUCCAAAAGCCUCACAAUGUGGGGACCUUCUUUGGCUGCAUCGGCAAAGAUAAGUUUGGGGACAUCCUGAAGCAGAAGGCAGAAGAGGCCCACAUUGAUGCCCACUACUAUGAGCAGGAGGAAGAGCCCACAGGAACAUGUGCUGCUUGCAUCACCGGCGAUAACAGGUCUCUGGUUGCAAACCUAGCUGCUGCUAACUGUUAUAAGAAGGAGAAGCAUCUAGAUUUGGAGGAAAACUGGGAGUUGGUGGAAAAAGCGAAGGUCUUUUACAUUGCUGGCUUCUUCCUGACUGUGUCCGUAGAGUCCAUCCUGAAAGUGGCAAAACACGCUUCAGAAACCAACAAAUUAUUUUGCUUGAAUCUGUCCGCACCGUUCAUCUGCCAGUUCUUCAAGGACAACCUCAUGAAAGUUUUCCCCUAUGUGGAUGUGCUCUUUGGCAACGAGACGGAGGCAGCAGCGUUUGCUAAGGAGCAGGACUUUGAGACCAAAGACAUUAAGGAGAUUGCCAAGAAAGCUCAGGCUCUACCAAAAGUCAACACAAAGAGGCAAAGGGUUGUGGUGCUGACCCAGGGGAAGGAUGUGACUGUGAUGGCUCAAGGGGACAAGGUUGAGACCUUCCCUGUAGUUAAGAUUGACCCCAAGGACAUCGUGGACACCAAUGGUGCCGGAGAUGCCUUUGUGGGAGGUUUCCUAUCCGGGCUUGUUCAGGAGAAAUCUCUGGAUCAGUGCGUGAAGGCAGGACAUUAUUCUGCUAAUGUUAUCAUCAAACGAGCCGGCUGCACAUUUCCAGAAAAGCCGGACUUCAAGUGAUACCUGAGAACUUUUUCUUCUGCCUUACUGAUUCGACGACCCACAAUUAAUGUUUUUUUUUUUUUUAUUAACCAUCAAUGUUUUUUAAUUGUCCCAUUAUUUUUUUGGCUUUCAAUGUGUCUCCUCUGUGUUCUCCACAAGGGGUCAAUACAGGACCAUGCAGCCAAGAGCCAUGGGUUUCAAACAAGGGAACUGCAGGGUAUUGGCUCUGACACUGUUUAGUGUUUGGCUGCACUAAAAAUCUAUCAGACUGUGCUGUAAGCACAUGGGUUGUGUUUUAGUGGUCUGUUAUGUCUUCCCUGCUUUAUAAAAGCCAGUAGCUCAAAACAAAACAAAGACAUCUUUCCAAAAUCGUUUUGUAACCUGAUUUUUAAAUCUAUUUACCAGGCCAGUUAUAAAAAAACAGUUUUUUUGUUGCACUUCCCUUAGGAUGUCUUAAACCCUCAGCCCAGUAAAAACCCUUUUUUUUUUUAAAUUGUGUUUUUUUUAAGAACAUUAAAGGUUUGUUCACUCCAUGCUGUUGGUGGGGCUUUGUAUUGAUUCCAUUUUUUUUGUGAAUUUACAGAUUAAACGAGAUUUCUGCGUGUGUAGCUUAGAUUUUCUUAAGCAAAUGAUGUGAAUGAAACCAGUUUACUGGUUAAUGGAAUAUGAAACAGCAUUAUAACCCAAUACAGUUUCAGGUUCCUUGAAUGUAGUAUUAGAUAGUUGUGUCGGUGAGCAUGGAAUCAAACACCAGUGUAAAUCUUACUUGGAUAUGUGAAUUGUGUCAGUAUUUCUUAAUCAAAAUGACUAAAAAAGAAACGUUUAAAGAAAAGAAGUAGUAGCAGGCCUCACACAAUUAUACUUGAAUAUUUCUUUUUUAAUUUGACAAAUUUGUGUGCUAGAAGAUGCACCAAAAAGCCUAAUGAACAAACUUCCCAGCUCUUAAAGGGAAUACAGUUCUACACCGCUGUGAGAGGCUGCCUAAGGCUAGAUCUCUGUUACCGUGUAUGAUAAGCACAUGUGUUUGAUGCUUUUAUGCAAGCAGAGUGUACUGUGUAAACAGAAAAAUGGCUGUAAGGAGACCAGCUCUGAAGGAUUUGGGAAAAUGAAAAUCUGCAUUAUGAUUUUUCCUGCUCUAAAAAAAACGAAAAUGCAGUUUUAUACCACUGUGAAAGAACUAAAGCUGAGAAAUAAACUCCUUUUGAUUCC